CCUCAAAUUCCCUCUCCUGACAGAAGGAAAAUCAAAUCGAUUCGUCCGCUAUUUUCGGAAGCGAUCUUCGAAAAAUCAAACGCAAGGAUUAGGGUUGUUUUGUUGUGAGAAAUGGCGAUGGCAGGGCGCAUCAGAUCGAGUCUCCCUCUCUUUAACAGGCUUUUGGGAGCCGAUUCUCUUUCCGCUAACAGAUCCAAUCUUCACCAAACCCUACUUUGCCCCGAGCUGUCGAAGAAUUAUUCAACUGCGCCCCCCAAAAAGGAAGUGAAAGUCAAGGUGCCUCUGGCUUUGUUUGGGGGACCAGGAAACUAUGCCUCUGCACUUUACCUUGCAGCAGUAAAAGGAAAUGCUCUGAACAAGGUUGAGUCUGAACUUCUUAAUCUUGUUGAGGCUUCAAAGAAUAGUCCAACGUUUUCUCAAUUCACCAAGGACUUGUCAGUACCUGCAGAGACAAGAGUCAAAGCCAUUAAUGAAAUAUGUGGUCAAGCUGAAUUUUCAGAUGUUACAAAGAACUUCUUGGUUGUAUUGGCUGAGAAUGGAAGGCUAAGGUACAUAGAGAGCAUUGCAAAGAGAUUUGUGGAGUUGACCAUGGCUCAUAAGGGAGAAGUGAAAGCCAUUGUAACAACUGUUAUUCCCCUUCCCCCAGAGGAGGAGAAAGAACUGAAGGAGACAUUGCAGGAAAUAAUUGGACAGGGGAAGCAGGUGAAGCUGGAACAGAAGAUUGAUCCUAGUAUUCUUGGUGGGCUUGUGGUAGAGUUUUCACAAAAGGUGUUUGACAUGUCCAUUAAGACUAGGGCACAACAGAUGGAGAGGUUCUUGCGCGAGCCUGUCAACUUUGGUACCCUCUGAAAGAUGUCAUUAUCCCUAGCUGACCUUUUUAGGUUCCUUCUGCACCAAUUUGUUAGUCAAGAAGGGCAAAGAACCAUUCUGGUCUUGUUUGCCUCUGUUUUCUUGUACUUUGCCUUUUCAUAUGAUGGAAUGCAUCCAUUCACAAUAAAAGCGACCUUCUCGGCAUAUAUUUGGGAAUGGCACUGAUAAACUUUCUACCUUUUGUAUGGGGUUUUUGUGGCCACUUCACCUUUGAAGACCAUAAUUUGUUCAGGUACAUCUUAAAUGUUACUUGCCUGGACAUCAACUACUGUUUUUGAAUACAGAUGAAUGUCUCUUUUCUAUUAUGUA